AUGCGCAACCCCGACGCCGUGGAUCCCCAAUGGGAAUACAGUUCGGACCUUUUCGACGAGUUCAGCGAUCCGGAAAACGCGAACACUGCCGCUUUUGGAGUGAGUGUUAAAGACAUGUCAUAUUUUGAGGAGGACAUGAUCCUACAAAUGCGCGACAUAACGUCAGAUAAUAGUACUGGGAGUCCUUUCGUCACAGGGCUGAUCAAAGAAUGGAUGAGAUCAUGUGAUGAAGAGCACGAAAUAUGUCGAAAACGAAGGGCAGCGAACAAAGGUCGCCUUCCGACUCGUGUCAUUUCUGUUGAAAACAACGAGACGAAUCCCAAACUCAUCUGUCCACCGGCAAAUACCUUUGAGGAUUACGUUUGCCUAAGCCACUGUUGGGGGAGGAGCCAGCAUUUCAAGACUGAAACCACUUCACUGGAAGAUCGUAUGGCAUCCAUCGUAUUCUCAGCUAUGCCAAGGACGUUUCAGGCCGCAGUGACUAUCACUCGAAAUAUAGGGAUGAAGUAUCUCUGGAUCGACAGCCUUUGUAUUGGCCAGGAUUCCGGGAAGACUGGAACCGAGAGUCUGCAAAGAUGGGACGGAUCUAUCAUGAUGCCAGCAUAA